GGAAAUUCAGACUCAACGCCAUGGACGAAAGCAUCUAGAUGCAUCUAAGUGAUGCCGCUAGACGAAAACAUGAUGUACUGGCCACAUGAUUGGACUGGACUUGAAACGUACUCAAAUAGAGAAUUCUUUAUCUAAAGAUAGAACUUAUCGAGUCGAUCCUAGCCUAGUCGAGCCUAAUAUCGAAUCGAGUCCAACUGUCAAAAUGCAUGGAAACUUUUGGCUGAGAUUUCUGGAGAUAUAUCUUCUUGUUCAAACUUGCAACGCGUAUUACUUUUCAAUAAAUCAUAAUAACAACAACAUAGAAGGUGCUGGGGUCUGUGGAUGUGAAUUCACGUGCGAAGCGUUUCAGGGCAGCGGUGCAACCAUGUGUUACAUAAUAUAUCGAGAAGACGGUAUGUGGCGAACGGAAGACCACCAACUCGUUAACGAAAGGUUUUUAGAACAGAGAGAAUGUAUUACUGGUAAUAUACGUCAACACUGCUAUAUGCUUGUUGUUUACGAAAAUAACGGCAUAAGUUUGUCGUGUCAAGAUUCACACCAAAGAUGCCAACGAGCCAGCGGAGGCAUUGCCAGGAUGGACACAAAUCACGAACUGUAUGACUUUUCCAAUAUCCUAGCAAAUUAUAUUCCAAAUGAAUUUCAAAAACGUUAUUCCUACAAAACAAUAGCUGAGGAUAUAUGGGUACACAACGCAGUCUUGAAGAACACAUGCGCUAGCGUUCAGUCGUUGAAUGCAUAUGACAGUAAUAUACAGGCAUCCGGUUGUCGAUCAAUCGAUCACGUGAACUCCAUUAUCUGCGAAAAUGCACCAUUACCAAUAAGCACAUACUGUGCUUCACCGCCGCCAGCAAAUCCACCGACUCUAAAAUCUGGCCAAACCACAAAGAAACCACGAGCGACCGCAACCGCUUCGCGGAGCGUAACUUACGCAUUGCGGCCAGGAGGAACACCGUUCGCCCCUAAGCAAUUUACCAACGCCUUGAAUCCAACUGUCAAAUCCAACCCAGGACCAGGUGUCCCCAACCUGUGGCCAACCUGGUGGCCUUGGGUAACCGAAACGACAACGAAGCAAACAACAACCAAAAAAACAUUGAAAAAGAAGAAGAAAAUGGUAGUCAAUCACAACGAACCACAUAAUGAUACUAAAAAGAAAAAAAAUGCAACCCAUUUAAUUGCUGGAAUAUUUUUUGUUGGUACAAUUGUGAUGGUUGGCGUUGCUUUGAUGGCUGUCUGCUUUUUUAGAUAUCGGCAUCAUGAAGAGCAACCAGAUAUAACUAGAUGGUCAAACGCAUCUGAUCCACCCAAGAAUCUAAGUAUUACGAACGAAAAACUAAAUUUAACCAAAACAUACGCUGCAGACAUGGAUGCAAGAAAUGCCGCCAGCGAUUAUGAGCAUGGAUAUUCAGUUAUACAUGUGGAUAAACGUCGAAAAAACGACUCAGUUCGGAAGAACCUCAGUCUCGGUGAUUGUAGGCGUUAUAGGUUGUCUAAACAAAAAUACGAUGAUGUAAUUACCGAGGGUGCACAUUAUCAACAAGAUAUCAAACUUAAACCAAUCAAUUCACCUAAAAUGACGUCAACAUAUACAAAUGCGCGUGAUGUAUCUACAUAUAAGGCACGCGUGCGCAGUCAUAAUGUCAUCGAUAGAAUGAGCAGUGGCAGGCCUAUAUCAAUGAGUUCUAGAUCAUCGAUGCAUUAUGAAAUUAAUGACUUCGUCAAAUAUGACCAGGCUGGUCCAUACGUCGUAAGUGACAUCCAAGAGCCCUCAUAUGAUUAUGCGUACGCGUCAACAAAACGCGUAAAGAAAAAAAAGAGCAAGAGACAGAGAAUAAAACAUGAAAAUAAUGUAUACGGUGACGUAUGACAUGUGUCAACAUAAUUGCAUUCGUUUUAAUUCCAUUCGAAUGCAAACAAAAUUUAUACCUUUAACCAGCAAAGAGUAUAGAAAGUAAAGAGAGCAGUACGCUGGUUUUGAGUAUAAACAAACGAUACGACCUUAUACGUAGCUAUGAGAGGACGCCCGCUUCAUUCGGUUGUCAGUUUUGUUUUAGUUACCCAUUAGUGACUAGCACAGUUUGAUCGUUUGUUUAUCUCUGUUUUACAAGAUACAAUUCCUUCGUAGUUAGAUUAAUGUUACUAGUUUCGAAACGAAUGCGUUUUAAUAUCUUGCGUUUUGGCGCACUUCCAUGAGACAACCGAACGCAGUGGGCGCACUUUAUGACGACUAUAGCGACUUUCAUCGUCGUCAUAAAGAGAAAAGAAUAUUUAAAAACGAGCUCUCUUUACUUUCUAUACUCUUUACUUUAACUUUUAACAGAGUGCAUGCCUUAUUCUAUGUACUACAAAUUUCCAAAAUUGUGCUGACAUUUUACAGACGUUAUGUGUGAUUAGUGAUUAUUAAAACCGGCUGUAUGUAAUCUGAAAUCUAGAAUUGAAUGAAAUGUUUAUUUAAAGCAUCAAAUACGUUUUAUACUACAGAUCAUCAAAACAUAAACGAUUUUCCUUUAUUUACUGGGAUAUGCAAAGAAUACAGAAUUUUAAUUAUUAUGUGAGUGUUUUUUGACGACGAAUAUUCCUUGAUAUAAAUUUCAAUUUAUUAUUUACAGUAAGUAGGCCUAUACACAAUAUGCAAUUCAAGUAAUUUUGUUGAUAAUCUUUGUUGGCUGAAUACAGGCUGUAUCUUUAAGGUUAGUUGUUUCAAACUAUUUUACUUUUAUGUUUAAAUGAAUAAAUUAUAAAGUGAA